AAAGCCAGUAUAAGAAAGCAGAAGCUUUACUCCACAAGCUAUUCGCGGGUUGAGCUAAUGACUGUCACAAUACAUACAGCCGAGUAUCUUCCCAAACAAAGCAGAUGCUCGAGACAGCCAACGCCACUGCGAUGCAGGGCUUCAACAAGUCGGAGCGGUGCCCCAGAGAUACUCGGAUGACACAGCUGGUGUUCCCGGCCCUCUACACUGUGGUGUUCUUCACUGGCCUCCUGCUGAACACCGUGGCCCUCUGGGUGUUCGUCCACAUCCCCAGCAAUUCUACGUUCAUCGUCUACCUCAAAAACACUCUGGUGGCAGACCUGGUCAUGACACUAAUGCUUCCUUUCAAAAUUCUUUCUGACUCCCACCUUGGACCCUGGCAACUCAGAGGCUUUGUGUGCACUUUCUCUUCUGUGAUCUUUUACGAGACCAUGUAUGUGGGGAUCAUCAUGCUGGGCCUCAUCGCUUUUGACAGAUUUCUCAAGAUCAUCAGGCCUUUCGGGAAAUGCUUUGCAAAAAAGCCUGCGUUUGCAAAAUUAGUCUCCAUUCUUGUCUGGCUCCUGAUGUUCUUCAUCUCCCUGCCAAACAUGCUCUUGAACAGCAAGGAGGCGACUCCAUCAUCCGUGAAGAAGUGCGCAUCCCUGAAGAGUCCUCUGGGGCUGGUGUGGCAUCAAAUGGUCAGUCACGCAUGCCAGUUCAUCUUCUGGACUGUGUUUGUUCUGAUGCUUCUGUUUUAUGUGGUCAUUACCAAAAAAGUAUACAAUUCCUACAGAAAGUUCACCGGUAAGGAGGACAGACACAGAAGGCUGGAGAUGAAAGUAUUUAUUGUCAUAGCUGUGUUCUUCGUCUGCUUUGCCCCAUUCCAUUUCAUCAGAAUCCCAUACACCUACAGUCAAACUACAAAGACCGAUUGCUGGCUAGCAAACCAACUGUUUGUUGCUAAGGAAACAGCUCUCUUUUUGGCAGCAACGAACAUUUGCAUGGACCCAUUAAUAUACAUACUCUUAUGUAAAAAGUUCACAGAAAGGGCACCGUGUAUGAGGGGGAGAAGGAUGGCGGUAUCAAGCCAGGAGCAACCCAGCAGUCAUACAGACAACAUCAUCCUAGCCUGACAACGUUCUCCCCCACAUGGUAAUUCUACUCCUGGCUUUGCUUCUAUUUAAGGAUGGGAAUUAAAAAGAUCAUUUACUUGGAGACUUCAUUUAAGCAUUAUAGGAAAAGUGUGUGUGUGUGUGGGGGGGGAACAAACAUUUUUUUUACAUUUAUUAUCCUAGAAUCUGGAAAAGAUUAUGCACAUUUUAACCACACAGAUUUAUGAACGAACCGAAUUAGCAUUAAGAGGAUGUUUAUGAAAGUAAAUGACCACUAGAUGUCAUCUUGUGAAGAGCAUUCAUGGACUAUGGAAAAGAAUAAUGGGUAAUAGGUGUGUCUAAAAAAAUCUUCCCUUCUAGUGACUAUCCCACAUUCUAUCACACACAUCAUUCCCAAAACAUCCUGGUAACUUUUAUCGCCUUCAGAGUGCUGAUAUUUGUGGGAAGAAUCCAAUAAACAUGUAUUUCCAAUGCCUGUGGAGGAAAGCCAAAGGCAGUAGCUGAAAGAGAUUCAGUCUGAGGAAGCAAAGUGGGUGAAAAUGAUCCCACAGGAAUCCCCAAAGACUUUUUUCCUUACAAGUGCAAAGGGCUCUGCCACAUCUCAGCAGAGCACCAGAAGAGGCACGUGCUGGGGGCAAAGCCAGGACACAGUCACGUGCAGUCUGGGAGGGGGAAGGUGGUGUCAUUCAGCAAAACCUUCCUGGGCACAGAGUCUGCACCUUUGGCUGAAAACAAUUACUUCUCCCACUGUUUGUCUAUAGAACAUAGAACACCUGUUGCUAGUUUGCUGUAAUUCUGGAACACAUUUCCCAAAGAUGGGGUUUUUAAAAAGACAGACAUGUCACAAAGUUUUGGUAUCUUCUGUAAUAUGUCACCACC